UUCAACUAGUUAGAGUCGAUCUUUCAACUUGUUAGGCUCAAUUAUCCAUUCUAUUAUCAAUAUUUUUCAUUCUUAAAGUGUUUUUCCCUACGUUUUAUUGUAAAAAGUAAAAUUUACUUGUAUUUUUUUAGCAACAUGUAAGGGUGGGUCGACCCGCCCCGCCCCGUACCCGCGCGAAUUUUACCCGCCCCGACUCGUAGUAGCAUGGGGCGGGGCAUGAGAAUUGAAGUACCCGCCCCGCCCCUCCCCAUUGCCAUCACUAGUGGCCAUUGGCCUCCUCCGACUGAAAUUCCGCUUCCAAAAACGUAGGCCAUUGCCUCUUCUCCCACGUCUCCACAAAAUUAGAUUACGUUUCGUACAAAGCAAACAAAGGCAACCAUACUUGGAUUUAUUGAAAUGUAGGCAUGGUUUUAGUUUAACCGUCUGUAAUCGUAUUGGUUUUAAUCCAGUUUCAUAGAGGCUACCAUACUCUUUUUUUUCUCUCUCCAUGUUCAAGUAUAAAACACACGAUAAAUAUAGUAAGAAAUUACAAAGAAAUGAAGAAUCUACUAUGUGAUUCAAAGACACCAAACUAAACUGUUAUCCUUGCUUUCGCGCGGCCGGCCAAUGCUAAAAAAAUCUUCUGGUUUUCCACCCACGUUUCAUUAUCAGUUUCUAACCAUGUGCAUCUUUCAAGAUCAUGUGCUUAACUUUUCAUUUAAGAUGGGGAUCAUGGGUGGAGUUUUGACUUGGCAUACCACAAUCAAAGUUGAUCACGGAUUUCCCCGUGGGUAUGCGCCAGAUUGAUUUGCAUAUUUUUAGAGAUCAUGCAAAUCCUAAUAGUGUGCUAAUGGACUAUCUUUUGUAAGUUCGGUUUUGGUCUAAAUGCUCACAAACCAAUAACCAUAAGUAUAUCCACUAAACUUAGUUAAUGAAAUUUAAAUGUCUUUAAGUCCAUUAACCAUUUAAGUAAUUAACGUGGAAAAGAUAUUUGUUUGUUUGUAUACUGGGUUCCAAACUCAGUUAAGGGCUCUUUGUUGAAUAGAGUCUUAACCACCCAAUUAAUCUUCCUCCUGGUAAAGCAACCCACUUCUACUUCAACCAACAAAACAAACCUAAUUUGAUUGAUAUAUAGUUGAAUAUAUUCCCUGAUGUACACUAAGCCGAAAUGAGGUUAUUAUUUAGACUUCAUUAGUACCAUGACUUAGCUCACUAGUACUAUAUUUAUUUUAACCAUUUUAUAAUUUUUUUUUUUCUAAUUCAACUGAUUUCGAAACUUACUUAUGUUGGUAACAACGUUUUUUUCCCGUUGAAUUGGUAACAACGUUUUCCCAUCAAACAAAAACAAAAUAUGUUUCCAACAUAAUUAGAGUAUUGCUUUCUUCUCCGUAAAUUACCACAAGAGCUUAAUUAAUGAAAAUCACAUGAGAGACGUGAUAAUAAUUUGUCAAAAGAAAGAUGUAAUAAUGAACUUUUUUUAAAUGGGGGGACGAAACAAUUAAUUUCACUAAAAAUUGUAACAGUUAGCUCUUAUGGGAUGUCUAGUAGAUAAUUUCUUUAAAGUAAAACAAAAAGAAGCAAAAACUGCAACACGUGGACAAUGAUGUCACGCCACAUUUUCCCCUGACUAUAUAAAUUAAUCAUACAUUCCCCCCACAAACAAAGAAACCAGAGAAGUUUUCUUUACCAGAUCCCACCAUUUGUCAGUCAGGUAAAGAACUUGUUAAAUUCUAAUUCAAUUUCCUUCAAGACACGAUCUGGGUUCCUCUUCUUUCUCCUCAUUUUAAGAAUUCCAUUUUUGUGGGUUGGGCUUUAACAGGCCAACAAUGGAAGUUACAGCAGCGGUUUGGGUAUGUCUCCUGGCGCUGGUAAUUGCAGGGGGGAGGUCAUCAUCAUCAGUUGAGGCCAGAAAGAAAUCUUUGAAGCUCGACUCCUAUGAGUUCACAGGGAGAGAUUGCAGGGCUAAUGUAGCCUCCAUUACAGAUUUCGGAGGCGUUGGAGAUGGUAACACUUCAAACACCAAGGCUUUCCAGGCUGCAAUGGAUUCUCUGGCCAAGUACUCUGCAGAAGGAGGGUCUUUGCUCUAUGUCCCUCCAGGGAGAUGGCUGACUUCCAGUUUCAACAUCACCAGCAGCCAUUUCACUCUCUAUCUUGACCAGGAUGCGGUUCUUCUUGCUGCCCAGGAUGAAAACGAAUGGCCAGUGAUUGAGCCAUUGCCAUCUUACGGCAGAGGAAGGGAUGCUGAUGGCGGAAGGUACAGCAGUCUAAUCUUCGGCACAAACCUUACCGAUGUUGUAAUCACAGGUGCCAAUGGGACUCUUGAUGGCCAAGGAGAACUGUGGUGGAAGAAAUACCGCGCAGGCCAGCUCAACUACACCAGACCUUACUUGAUCGAACUCAUGUACUCUAGCGAGAUCCAGAUCUCAAAUCUCACACUGCUCAAUUCUCCGUCGUGGAACGUACAUCCCGUUUACUGCACCAAUACUCUCGUCAAAGGCUUGACGAUUCUGGCUCCCGUCACCUCUGCAAAUACUGAUGGAAUCAACCCAGAUUCUUGCACCAACACCAGGAUAGAAGACUGCUUCAUCGUCUCCGGCGACGACUGCGUCGCAGUGAAGAGUGGAUGGGACGAGUAUGGAAUCGCUUAUGGAAUGCCUACGAAGCAUCUAGUCAUACGGAGGCUGACCUGCAUCUCCCCCUUCAGCGCGACCAUCGCAUUAGGGAGCGAAAUGUCUGGCGGGAUUGAGGAUGUGAGGGCAGAGGACAUCACGGCGAUCAACACGGAGUCCGGAGUCAGGAUCAAGACCGCCGUCGGCCGUGGAGGCUACGUGAAGGACAUAUACGUGAGGAGAUUUACCAUGAAGACGAUGAAGUGGGCAUUCUGGAUGACAGGGAACUACGGUUCCCACCCUGACAACAACUACGAUCCCAAUGCCAUCCCUGUCGUCGAGAACAUCAACUACCGCGACAUGGUCGCGGAGAACGUGUCGAUGGCGGCCAAGUUGGAAGGGAUCGGGGGCGAUCCUUUCACCGGAAUCUGCAUAUCGAACGUGACCAUCGGGCUCGUGGAGAAGGCCAAGAAGCUGCAGUGGAACUGUACAGAUAUUUCAGGGGUGACGAGUUCUGUGACACCUAAGGCGUGUGAUUUGUUGCCUGAUCAGGGGGCAAAGCAGACAUCUUGCAAUUUCCCGGAUGACACGCUGGCAAUCGAGGAAGUGGAAGCUCAUGCUUGCUCUUACAGUAAGAGAUACUUGUGACACAAGCAAUGAAGUUUGGCUGCAGUCAAGUCUAUGCUUUUCUACAACUUUCCAAGUAAUUGAAGGCUUUCAAAAUCAAACCUACAGGAAACAAGGAAUGUGAAGUCAAAAGAACUGUACUAAAUCCUGUACAACUAUAAAGUGGGCUAACAUGUAAUGAAUGUAAAUAAGAUGAAAGAUGAAACCUAAUUUAUGAAAACAACAUGGGUUGGGGGAUCAAAUUGGUUCUUCUUUACCACCAACCCAUUUGAUCCUGCAGAAACUGAACAUAUGAACUGAAAGUGCUAUACCUGUUAGAGGGUCUGCAACUUUGGUUUCGAUUUAAUGAGCCCCCUGAAAAGAAUAAACAAAAGCACUUUCG